CUUCCAGGUUUUUAUGAAGUGAAUAAACACUAUGUUCAUUGCUUUACCAAACUUAAAUAUCUUUAUAAAUUUAUUUACUAGUUAUCACUGUAGCAAUUCUUGUCUAAUUCGUAUAAGGAUUAUGACCUUUUGGAAAAAUGUGUAAAAUAUUAUUUAUAAAUAAAUAUAAUAUUAAUCAUACACCUUGUAAUUAGUUACGCAUCUUAUACGAUACUGUAGUUCGAGGACCUUUGAUUUUAUGGAUGCCUACGCCAUUUUUAUUUAUCUGUGGUGGGGGGCAACAAAGUGUGCAGCAUUAUCCGUGAAAUUUACAAUUAUUAAAAACUUGAGCAAAAAAAUACUUGUUUCUGUAAUGUAGCAGCAAUGUAAAAUGUAAUUGCCUCUAAGGGAUAUCAUAUAUUAACAAAAUUAUCAUACAGUUAUUAAUGCAAUUGCUGGAUUUUUGUGUUGUUAGUGAUAAUUACAAGUUUUUCCACAAUUGUAAUUCGGGUAAAAUGGAUUAUCGCCAAAAGCAAAGUACAAAGAAUGAUGAUGAAGAUGAUGAAGAUUUAGAGGCACUACGAUUAGCAGCACUUCAGUCUUUGAGAGCUAAAGAUACUGGACAUUAUAAAAAGCAAUCCCUGUCACAACUACAGAAAGUUGUCCCAGAAGUUACACAAACUUCUCGCCCAUUGUAUAAAGGUCAGCGACCUCCAAGAAGAGGAUAUUUUCCUAAUCAACUGCAGAAGCGGCAGAAUGGCAAUUUAUAUUACCAAAGUCCUCGAAAUCCAAACUUGAUAGCAAUAGUUCCUGUAGAUGAACAUUCACUGCUUCAACAAACUGAUUCAGCUUGCCCAGUAGAUGAGGUUGCACAAUGUGUUAAAUCUCAUUCAGUAGAAGUAUCAAAAUUUCAACGUUUUAAGGAUAGCGGAAGUGGUUCAGAUGAUGAGGAUAAUAAAGAUCAAAUAAAUACAAAUUCAACAAAACAGAUUGGUGGAACAAGUGACGCGCAAGCUGAAUCAUCUUCCGCGGCGGUGGAAAGUCCAAUAGAAGUUGCAGAAAGUUCGAAAAAAACGGAGAAAGAUCAAGAUGAUACCAACGAUGACGAUGAUGAUAUUCUCUUAAUGGCUGAUCUUGAAGAGGAGGAUAGUUUAGAGCGAUUAAUGGAUGAAAUGGAACGAGAAAUGAAUGUCGAUAAACCGUCUGAAAGGAAAGAAAAGAAAGCUAAUAAAAAGGGCAGCAAAGAAUCUACAAAGAAAGAAGAAGCAACCAAGAUUAUAAAUCAGAAGAAUAGAACGGAAGAUGGUAGUAGUAGGAAAGAGUGUUACAGUCCAUCUCUAUCAAUGUCAAAUCUAAAAAGUGAAAGACGAUCCAUGUCUCCGCACACUAAUCGAAUUUCACAGAAACGCAGAUCUCUAUCUCCUAGAUCGCGGUCACGGAAAAAAUCACCUAGACGUUCUCCCAGAAGGUCGCCUAUUAAACAGACAAAGAAAUCCCAGAGAGAAAUCACGAGGUAUAGAUCACCUAGAAAAUCCCCAGUACGAUAUUCACCGCGUUCACGUUCACCAAAACUGUCGCCACGCUCUAGAUCACCACGACUAUCUCCGCGUAGAUCACCCAACAGAUCACCGAUAAGAAGAUCACCUAUCAAGAAGUCGUCUUCGAGAGGAAGAUCGCCGAGACAUUCUCCUCACUCUAAAUCGCCCAGACCAAUACGUUCUCCUAAAACAUCAUUAAUAAAGUCGCCAAGAUUAGCGCGAUCACGCUCUCCAAAAUACUCUCCGCUUAAAUUAUCUCCGCAAUCUAAGUCACCGUUGAGAUCUAGAUCACCGAAAUUAUCCCCGAGACGAAUGUCGCCUUCCCGGAGGACACCACCGAAGUCAAAAUCUCCAGGGCUUUCCCCAAGAAGAGGCUUCUCUCGCUUGCUGUCGCCGAAAUUAUCACCACGGAGAAUUUCACCGCGAUCCAGAUCUCCAAGAUUAUCACCGCAUACAUCGCCAUGGUCAUCCCCAAGAAAUUCUCCUCGUGUUUCUCCCAGACGAAGAAGAUCCCCGAGGUGGUCGCCUAAAGAGUCAUCUCGGAAGCAUAGACCGCGAUCGGUUAGUCUAGACAAUGCUGGUAGUCCAUUGUAUGCAAAGGAGUCAUCUCCGCCCUUGAAAAGUAGAAUAUCCCCAGAGGUAAAUCGAAUAAAAAUUAAACAGAAGGAGGACAAUUUGGAGAAAGCUACUGUGACAGAGAAAGAGACCGUUGAUCUCAUCUGCGACCCUGUGUUAGAAGCGAGACGAAGAAAAUUUGAAUGUGCAAGGCCUAUAGAUCCUGUAAACGCGAAUAAGAAGAUUAAAUUAAGCAAACAAGAAAAUAUAAGUAAGAAAACGGAACCUCUCGAAGGGGAACAACAAUCUGGGAAUAUAAGGAAAGUUAAUAAAGCUACAGAAGAUUAUGAUAUUCAAGAGACAGAUUUAUGUUUAGAUACUCAUUAUGAUUUCGAAGACUUUGAAGAGAGUAUGGAAAAUACUUCUCCUAUAGCUAUCACGAGUUCCGUAAACUCGUGUAUUGAUUUAGAAUCGCAGAAAGGCGAGAAGGAAAGAUCGUCUAAAAAGAAGAGGAAGCGCGACAAGGAAUUGUAUCAAGUGGGAAAAUUGAAAAGUGAACUUCCGCUCUCUGAACGUAUUGGGAAAGACAAGAAGUGUAAGAAGCGCAAAGAUGUUAUUUCGGAUGGACCAAGUGAUGAUAUGGAUGCGAUUUUUGAGGACAUCACAGUUGACGAAGAGAGCGACUUGAGAACUGAACUGAGUCGAAGACGAGCGGAAAGAUUAAAUAGGACAGUACCAAUUCAGUCUGCAAGAUUAGUACAAUCUGCUUUUAAGGGUGUCGUUAACGAAGUUGUUAAAAGUAAUGCAAAGACAAAUCAAAGACACUUAAUUAAAGCAGAUGAUAAAUCCAGCCAAAAAGAAGUUAGAAGAGUAACCGUUCUUCAUCGCUCAAUACCUGAGUUACAUGAUUCGGAAGAUGAAACGACCCUGGAUUCAAAGGUGCCUGUACGUUUCAGAUUGGGUCUUGGUAAGCAAGUACAAGAUACUAGAGAAUCUAAGAUUUCACGGAAAGCGUCGAAAAGGCAGGGUCGCAAGGAAUAGAGUAAACGUGUGUUCUCCAGAUUACAUAUUUAUACGAAGAGAGUGCAUAGCUGUUCAUCUUACCUUCUAUUUUAUUGUCAGCCUAGGAAGAUAAAGUCCAUUAAAAGGUGUAUUCUAGUAUGGAUUACACGUAUAUGGAGAAGUAUCUGUUAUUAUUUGAAGUGUGACCUAGCAAACAAGAAAAAAGUAAGAUUCUAGAAUCCAAUAACAAAAUUUCAGAAUACUUUAUUGUAUGAUUGUAUUUAAUUAUUCAUUGUUAAGCGUUGUCGUAGAUAGUUAAUUACAUGUGUUUAUAUUAAAUCAUUUGUUGUGUAUUUGUAAAUAAUUUGCAUCAGUCACUCAUUUAAUAAAUAAGAAUCAUUAAUAAUCCCAAAGUUAUCUUCUGUAAACCUAAGCAUAUUUAUUGCUUUAUACGAAUCUGUAUAAACAAGGUCAAUCAAUUGUACAUAGGAAUAUUGUUAAUAAGCGUGUGCAAAAUGAAAAAAUAAGAUGUAUAUUGUGUAAAUUGAAUUAAUAUUA